AGUUUUUAAUAUAUACUUGGGCCAUAUUGACACGGGACUCUCAGUAUAGGCGUCACGUUAUCAGUUGAUGGCUAAUUUAACAGUAAUUUUAACGAAUAUAUGUAAUUACGAUUUCAUGUACCAUUCUGGAAUGAAAAAACUUGUACCAAAUGUUGAAAAUCAAGAAAUGUUAGGGUAAUAAAAUGAAAUUAAUCCUACUUUUUAAUUUAUGUAGUGGUUGCUUUUAUCUUAAAAUUUGACAUAUUUAAAAAAAAAAAAAAAAAAAAACCUUAAAAAAUCACUGGAAAGUACAAGGUUUCUCCCGUUUUCUUUAACUUUAAUAAUAAAAACAUCAUCGGGUUGUAAUUUUUAAUUAACCAUUUGGAUGAAAAGUGAAAGAUAAGAAAGACAGAUAGAGGCUAUGCAAAUUAGUAAAACAGCUCACUAUAAUAUCAAGCCCUGAAUCGCUUAAGAAAAAGGUAUACACAAAGACCAUGGGUAGAGUUUCAAUUUAUUGUGAUAAACUACGCUUGACAGCUUGCCUUAUCUUGUAUAUUCAGCUAGCUUCAUCACAAAACAGUUCUUUUGCUUCUGCCAAUUCCACUGAAGCAGAAGCACUCCUCAAAUGGAAAGCCAGCUUUCAAAACCAAACCCAAAACAACCUGACCUCAUGGGUGAAUGCAAAUGAAGCCCCAUGCAAUACUUGGAUUGGUGUUUCAUGCAACUCAGCUGGAAGCAUCAACGGAUUAAACCUCACCAACUCUAGUAUACAAGGUACUCUACUUGAAUUUCCAUUCAUGUCCUUGCCCAAUCUUGCAUAUGUUGACCUCAGCUUGAAUGAACUUUUUGAUCAAAUCCCACCUGAGAUCAGUUCCCUCACCAAACUCAUCUAUUUUGAUAUAUCCUACAAUCAAAUGUCUGGAAAAAUCCCACCCGAAAUCGGUCUUUUAACAAAUCUUCAGGUUCUUCACCUAAAUGCAAAUAAGUUCAACGGCUCAAUUCCUCAAGAAAUAGGGCAACUUAAAUUUGUCUAUGAGCUAGCUCUAAACUUAAACAAUUUAGAGGGUUCAAUUCCAUCUUCUGUUGGUAAUUUGAGCCAAUUGACUUCUUUGCUUCUCUUCAGAAACCAACUUUCGGGUUCUAUUCCUCCCGAGAUAGGAAACCUUUCGAAAUUGGUUGAACUUUACCUGUAUGACAACUAUUUAUCGGGUCCAAUCCCUCUGAGUGUUGGAAACUUGAAAAAUCUAACCAUCAUGGUGUUAUACAACAAUACCCUUUCUGGUUCUAUCCCAACUUCUUUUGGCAAUUUGACAAACCUUGUAUAUCUCUCUGUCUACGGUAAUAAACUUUCCGGCACCAUUCCUGAAGAGAUUGGAAACUUGAAAUUUGUUGAGGAAGUACACCUGGCUGCUAACCGAUUUUCUGGUUAUUUACCUCGAGAUAUUUGUAGUGGUGGACUGCUACAAAGGUUUACUGCCGAAAACAACGAAUUUACAGGGCCAAUCCCGAAAAGCUUGAAAGGUUGCAAGAGCUUAGUCAGAGUCCGUCUUCAAGGGAACCAACUCAAAAGCAACAUAUCUGAAGACUUUGGUGUCUAUCCGAAUCUUCAGUUUGUAGAUCUAAGCUACAACAACUUAUAUGGAGAAAUCUCAGACAUCUGGGGACAGUGUCCCAACUUAACAACCCUACGAUUUGCAGGGAACAACCUUACUGGUAGCAUACCAUCUCAGAUUGCCAAUGCAACUAAAAUUCAAGAACUCGAUUUUUCUUCGAAUUAUCUCGUUGGUGUGGUUCCCAAGGAUUUGGGGAGAUUGACUUCUAUGGUGAAUCUAAAGUUGAAUGGCAAUCAACUUUUGGGUUCUAUACCCUCAGAAUUUGGAGCGUUCACUCAACUCGACUCUCUUGACAUGUCCACCAACAAGUUGAAUGGCUCAAUUCCAAGCAUUUUUGGCGAAUUGAUCAGUUUAAACUACUUGAAUUUGAGCAACAACAAUUUCAGUCAAGAAAUUCCAUUUCAGUUGGGAAAGUUAUUUCACCUGUCACAGUUAGAUUUAAGUCGUAACUCACUUGAGGGAAAGAUACCAUCAGAAAUUAGCAAUAUGCAGAGCUUAGAGGGGCUGAAUCUUUCCCACAAUAAUCUUUCUGGUCUCAUUCCAACAACGUUUGAUGGAAUGCUUGGCUUGUCGUACAUAGACGUAUCCUACAAUCACUUGCAAGGUCCCAUCCCCAACAACAAAGCAUUUCAAGAUGGUCACAGCUUUGAAGGGAAUGAAGGAUUGUGUGGAAAUGUUGUAGGUCUAGAAUCCUGCAAUAAGCACGUCUCAAAAAGAAAACUCGUGUUUGCAAUCGUUUUCCCUAUCUUGGGAGCAGUUUUACUUUCUCUCCUUGCAAUUGUCUUCAUCAAAACAAGAAGAAAGAAAGAACUGGGAACAGAAAAGAGUGAUAUCCAUGAUGAAAUUUUUUCAAUCUCUCAUUUUGAUGGAAAAAAAUUGUAUUGGGAGAUCAUAAGAGCAACCAAUGGUUUUGACUCCAUAUUUUGCAUUGGGAAGGGAGGAUCUGGUAGUGUCUACAAGGCAAAGCUACCAUCAGGCAGCAUAGUUGCAGUGAAGAAACUCCAUCAAAAACUUGACGGCGAGGAGACAUUGCAAAAGGAGUUCCACAAAGAAAUAAGUGCACUAAUCAAUAUACGACAUCGAAACAUUGUGAAACUUUGUGGUUUUUGUUCGAAUUCGCAGCACUCCUUUCUGGUUUAUGAAUACCUAGAAAAGGGUAGUCUGGCUUCAAUCUUGAGCAAAGAAGACGAAGCAAAAGAAUUGGAUUGGAGUAGGAGGGUGAGAAUUGUAAAAGGCGUAGCUCAUGCACUGUCUUACCUGCAUCAUGAUUGCGUGCCGCCAAUUGUACACCGAGACUUAUCAAGCAACAACAUUUUGCUGGAUUAUGACUAUGAGCCUUGUAUUUCAGACUUCGGUACUGCUAAGCUUUUGAAUCCAGACUCAUCGAAUUGGAGCUCACUUGCAGGCACAUAUGGAUAUGUAGCACCAGAGUUGGCCUACACAAGGAAGGUAACUGAGAAAUGUGACGUUUAUAGCUUCGGAGUGCUGGCAUUGGAAGUGAUCACGGGAAAAAGACUAGGUGAUUUAAUCUCGUCCUUUUCGUCUCCAUCUAUGUGUGAAAACAAAUUGCUGAAGGACAUAUUGGACCAACGGCUCCCACCUCCUACACUUGAAGUUGAACAUGAAUUGACAACCAUUGCAAGGGUAGCAAUCACAUGCAGGGAUUCGCGACCGCAAUCGAGGCCAACAAUGCACAUGGUUUCUCAGUCGUUAUCAUUCCAAACUGCAGCUUCCAUUGGAGGACCAGACAUCACACUUGAACAACUCAUUAAGAUUUAAAUUGUGUUUGAUAUUGUUUGAGUUGGCAUGAAAUUCAGAUCGUCUUGUUUAAAUAUAUCAUAUAUGUACUCUGUUAUAUUUGUAGUUAAAUUGAGAAUAAGAGAGGAGUGCUAGCUGGACUCGCUCAACAGUAAGUCCCACAUGUAUUACCACUUAAAUGGUUAGACCAAAAUAUCCUAUUUGGUAUUUACUAGAAAUUGGUGCACACGCAUUGCAUUGCUGUAGGGCUAAAAAUUGCAUGCAAGAUUAUGUUGAAAGAUAUAAUAAAAAUUAUGUCAUUUAAUACUA